AUGGAGAUUGCGUGCGACAGUGAAGGGCCAAGGGUGUUUCGGCCCAACAAUCAACAACACUACCCGUUCAAAUUUUUUUCAGUCAUUACAAAAAAAAAGGGAAAGCAUGAUGUAAAAGAAGAACAAUGUGUUUUGGAGAUUAUUAGAGUAACAUGUGAUUGUUGGUCUUAUUCGCAAACACCAUCUCUUCCUCGUUCAAAACUCAACACUUCCCGCAUAUCUAGCGCCGCCGUGCAAAACCUCCACCAGCCACCGCACUCGCUUCAAUCUCAACUCACCGUUCAUGGUAAUGUCGCGGCUAAACUCUCAUCCUUCAUCUUCUCAAAUCGAUGCAAUCUCACGGUGCUGCCAUCAACCUUCUCUGAUUCUUACUAUUUCGCUCUCCAUCCGAAGCUUUGUCGCGCCGAAUAUCGACUCCACGGCGACAAAGGUUGA